CCAGCCGACGAUUACGGGAGGCUGCGUGGGUCCCCCUUCUAUUUCACCCACUUCCUCCCUCAUUCUUUCCCCACCUCGCUUUGUGAAAGGCUUUUGCAGCGAGUGUGAAAGAGAAAGAUUAUACUAACGAAGCUUCGUUUCAUUUCAUGGCUUCUUCGUCUUCGCCUUCUUCUUCCAUGUCGCGCGAGGGUCACUACAGAGGGGUCAGAAAGCGACCUUGGGGUCGAUACGCCGCCGAGAUUCGCGACCCGUGGAAGAAAACGCGCGUUUGGCUUGGCACGUUUGACACUCCGGAAGAAGCGGCGCUGGCCUACGACGGUGCUGCCCGUUCCCUCCGUGGUCCUAAGGCAAAAACCAACUUCCCUGCGGCUCCGGUGGCCACCGGAGGUCUGUCCCUCGACCUCAACGCCCCAACCUCUGAUCAUCGCUGGCCUCCCAUCCCCUCCGGUCGCCUCGUGCUGAACGAGCUCCUCCACGUGGGUGUUCUCAAGGACAUGUCUUUUGAUCAUCCUCCGCCUUCUUCCCCUGCAGCUCCCAUUGCAAUGGUUCACAACCGGCGUGAUGGUUCUGUACCCGUGGACGGAGGUCAUCGUCAGGUGACGGAGAACUCUCCCACGGCUUCAUUUCUCGGCCUCGUUCGGCGAGGCCUGCCGAUCGACUUGAACGAACCUCCUCCCGUCUGGCCUUGAACGGGCGUUUUGUAUCCUAGGGCAUUUAGACGAUGUCGCUUUUAACUGUUUUCCAUCUACCCUGUUUUGUUCAUCCAUUAUGUGUUGUAACCUUUAUUAUCAUCAUCCGAGACUCUCAGAACCCAGUACUGACAAGAAUAUAUUACUCUAUCAAAGCUAUGAAAACAUGCCAUGUAUAUAUAUUUAUUG